GGCACCGUACGAACUCUGUCUGGUGGCGGUGCUGAGAGAGAGAAUUCAUUCGAAAUAGAUUCGUUAGAACAUAUGUACUCGUGACUGGUUCGCUUUAUUAUUUCCCCUUGUUCUUCUUCUUAUUCGAUUGUAUAUAAUACAUACACAUAUACAUACAGAUCAGUUACGCACAAAUGGCGAAGAAGAAAGCAACAAUGACUCUCAAAGAUUUUCACGGCGGCUCUAUUCCUUCUGAUCUCCCCCUCCCCUCUGCUCCUGGCAUGAUUGUGAGGCAGUCCGAUCGGGUCGGGUUGGAUAGGCCGAAUGCGUGGGGGAAGGUGAUGGGGAGGGGUGAUUAUAGAUUGAGGCCGGGGUCUGCGGGUUCAGUUAGGGGGUUUAAUGAUAAGGGCAGUUUUUUGAGUGGUGGUAGUCACAUUGGGAGGAAUUUUGAUGAGGAUGAGCGGACUCCGUUGGAUGGGGUUUCGGGUCCUCGGAGGACGGUUAGUGAUGAGAGUAUUCGGGGUGGUUUGGUUGGUGGAGUGGAUAGUGGGCUGGAGUUUGUAAGGGAGAGUAGGCCGAUUACGAAUCCUGGGUUGAGUGGGUGUUGGGCUGAGGAAGAAGUGAGUAGGGUGGGGGGUAAUCCGUGGACGGUGAGGAGGGAAGUUGUGGGGAAGGAUCUGGGUGUGGGUUCUUGGUCGGCUAUGGAUGUAGCUACGAAGUUAGCACAUGCUAGUGCGCUUGAGAAGGUGUCGUCGGGAAGGUGGCAGUCUAAGCUGUUGUCGGAGGGUAAUCGGGUUGAUAUCGAGGUUAUUAAGCAUCCUGAGACGCAGACUGAGACACAGUAUAAAGGGUAUGGUAUGUUAGAUGGGCAUGUGUUUGAUAACGUGGAUGUGCUAGGUGGGAGAAACUCGCAUGAAGCAGUUUUGGUGAGACAGAUAGAAAAGAGUUUGAUUGUUGAUGAUUGGAUCAAUGCUGGGGGCAGGACUUUGCCGGUCUAUGAGAGGGCAGUGUCACCUAUUUACACAGAUGUACAGGAGAACCGGAUUUAUGAUGAGGGGCAUCAACCAUCUUGGGUUGUUGGAAAUUUUGUUAGAGCAGAAUUGCAACAAACAGUGCACCCAGAAUUUUUAUCUGAGAGGCCUAAAAUGAAUCUACUUCCGAACUCUAGACCUUCAGAAACAGUGGAGGCUCCUCCGACUAACUAUAAGCAGUCUAGUCAAAAGCCUAGAGACCCUGGUGCUCAGUCUCAUGUUAAUGAAGCAUAUGAAAGGGUUAAUACCCUCAAGUCAGACCCUGAUAGUGUUAGGGGGGUACAAGAUCGUCCAAAACUCAACUUGAAGCCCCGUAUGCAGCCUCUGGAUCAAUUCGAAAGAAACAUUGAAACAAAAAGGAACACAUUGUUUGGUGGCGCUCGUCCGAGAGAACUGGUUUUGAAAGAGAGAGGCAUUUAUGAUGUUGAUUCUAAUAAUUAUGAUCAGGUUCCUCCUUUAAAUAGUGGAAAGCGAGAUGUGCCCAGAGGUGAGAUAUUGCCGGUUCGUUACAAUGGGAAAGCUGAAAAUACCCCUCUUGAUUACAAGAAUGGAAAGAAUAUUGAUAGGCGAGUUCUUCGUGGCGAUGUUGAGAAGUCAGAUAUGCAAAGGAAGAAUUGGCGUAGUGAGAAUCAAAGAAGUAGCAGGGACCUUGAGAAAAACAAGCCACCACAGGAGAGGGCACCAUCACCAGAAACCUGGCGGAAGCCUGUUGAGCAGCCGUCGUCACCUACUGGACUACGUUAUGGGAAAGCAGCUUCGGCAGUUGAGCUAGCCCAAGCCUUCUCGAGAUCAGUCUCUGAUCCAAAGACAGCUGAUCGGUUGUCUGGACAGAGAGGCAUUCCUGGCCGUGGCCAAAUUCCCUUUUCUCGACUCACUGGUCCCCAGUCAAGGCCUCAGAUUAAUGGUUACUAGCAUUAGUGUAAUGAGACGACUGUUGUUAUGAUUGUGAUCCAAUCAAUGACACUUGCUGGGAAUGAUGUUCAUGUGGUUCGGGUUUUACUUACCCAUGCCAUAUUCCCUUGCCGCCUCGAGAUUGGGAAGCAUGAAAAGAUAUAUUAGUUUUUAAAGCAAAAGUAUUUCUGUUGGCAAUGACUAUAGAAGUAUCUCUGUUUUUUCAGAGAAGCAAAAUUGAUAUUGCUCAUCAGAUUCUUUUAGAAUUUACCUGGAUGAAAAUUUGGUUUAGGAUUU